AAAUGAUGGAAUCAGCCUUUUCCACAAGACUCUAACUCAAGAAAAGCAUACAGAGAGAGAUUGUCGUAAGCAGGCGUUAAUGACGAAGCAGCACUCAUAUGCAAUUCAUAAUCUAAUUCCCAGUUGUUCAAGACAGACUUCAAGAUGGCGUUUUUUCUUCUCCUGGUUAUGCUGACAUCAUGUGCUGCAAGUCCUCAAGAUCUGUCAGGUAAAAUGUUCACCUUCCCCGAAAAAACCAACACAGCUCGUGUGGAACUGAUGACACCAAGAGAUAAUUUCACUGCUGUAACCGUCUGUCUCAGGUUUUUCACAGACGCCAAGAGAGAUCACCCCCUUUUCUCUUUGGCCACUCCCUCUAAAGACAAUGACUUCCUGAUCUUCAGACAUGCUACAAAGGAUGCGAUCAAUGUCUUUGCCAGAAACAGUUAUGUAGCAUAUACAGAGCAUGAAUACAAGUUGAACAUGUGGCACUCUCUUUGUGCCACAUGGGACUCUGAGUCUGGGCUGGUGCAGCUGUGGUUUGAUGGACAACCUUCAAUUAGGAAAUAUACCAACGCUGGAUCAAACAUCCAAGGACGCACUAUCAUUAUCUUAGGACAGGAGCAGGAUUCCCAUGGUGGAGGAUUUGACUUGAAUCAGUCUUUCGUUGGCAUGCUGUCUGAUGUCCACAUGUGGGACUUCACCCUUCCCAGUUGUGAGAUCCAGAAGUACAUGGAAGAACUAAACUUCCGUCCAGGAAAUGUGCUCAGCUGGAGUGCACUGGAGUUCCAGAAGACAGGCCAAGUGCUGUUAGACAAUAAAGAAAUGAUCUGUUACUAAUCUUAAAAAAAAACAACAACUAUAAAUGUCUUGCAAAAUCAAAAAAACUGUACUAUAAAGGCAAUUCUUUGUAUC